UCCAAACAGCUGAUUGGAAGGCCCUUUUUGAAAUUCGACUGACAUAUUUCAUUUUAGGAGGAAAUCGUGCUUCCGUACCAAAAAGUUUCUUGUCCAAUUCGAUCAGUGGAAACGACUGUUACCAGCUAAUAGCCAUCUUUACUUCUACUCUUCAGUCCUCCAUACCAUUUAGAGGUUAACCCCCUGCUGACAACUGGUGUAUAAGAAGCACAGGAACUAUGCUCCCGACAUUUCGCUACGUCGCAAAACAAGUAAUAGGGACUGGUUACCGGUUCCCCAUUGCCCGAACUCUUUGUUCCGCCAAGGAAAACACAGUAACGAAAGAGGACCUGGAAAAAUUGGUAAAAAACAACAAAGUCGUGGUGUUUAUGAAGGGUGACCCGGAACAACCUCGUUGCGGAUUCAGCAAUGCCGUCGUGCAAAUCUUGAGGAUGCACGGAGUAACUUACGACAGUCAUGAUGUCCUGUCCAGUGAUGACAUCCGGCAAGGCAUAAAAGACUUCACAAAUUGGCCAACAAUCCCGCAAGUCUUUAUCAAUGGCGAGUUCGUUGGUGGCUGCGAUAUUCUACUUCAGAUGCACCAAAGUGGAGACCUUAUAGAAGAAUUAAAGAAGGUCGGCAUCAAGAGCGUGCUCCUGGAACAGGCGGAAAAAGAGGAGGCGGACAAGAAGAAAUGAAAGACACGGCGUGCAAGUUGUUUAGAAAUUGUAGCGUUUAAUGCAGGACAUUUUGUGUAAAGAUAAAACAAAUCGUAUGAGACUGUAAUUGUUAAUAUAAUUUAUCCGUUCGCUUAAAAGUCUUGAGA